AUGGCUGGAUCACACGCUAGACGAGCAACUACACUACCUGACGAUGGUACUCCCAUGGAUUCCAGGCCGAAAACGGUCGACCGUCGUCCAACUGUACCGGAAGAUCACGACUAUGACUCGAAAGUACCUCAACCAAAGAAAUCGACGACACCCAAGUUGUAUCUGAAAGAAGGAGAGGCCCAAGCGUUCCGACACUUGGCGCACAGUAUCGUCUCCCGAACUCUAGCACACGAGUGUGAGUUCCGUCAGCUUGGAUGUCCUGAACCGAAUAGCAAGGAGUGGAAGCUGCUUAAACGACAGGACGACUUGAGUGUCUACAAGCAGCGAGGCGGCAGCGACUCCAAGACGUACACGGUCAAAUGUGUGGGCUCAUUGGAAGGCACUUUAGAGGACAUUCUCUAUGGUACACACUCGAAGAAUCGCGAGGAAAUGCACGCGACCGCCGCGUAUUUACACAGUAGCCACAUGGACUGUGCCGUGCUCAACGUAUUGGAUAGUGGGACGGACGAAGACCCGUACCGCCAACUUGCACUCAAGUGGUUCAUUGCUGAGACUAUCGGUGACGCACGAUUAGUAAAGCACCGUGACUGGUUCAACAUCGAGUCGACGGGUAUGGGCACCGACGCUUGGGGACGUCGCUACGGCUACUUCCUUGCCAAGUUUGCCGAUCACCCGGGAUGCCCUCCGAUGCCCGAGAACAGCGAUGUGAUCCGCGGCAAGAUGGCUAUGUGCUGCAUUUACCGUCAAGAAGCGGGAUCCAAGAUCGUCGAUGUGUACGCCAAGGGGUCAAUCGAUCUAGGCGGUGGAAUGCCGGCUUUCAUCACCAGCAGUGCAUCGUGUUCCAUGAUGUUUAAUAUGGCGGUGUCCAUGGAAAGCGCUGAAGCGAAACGUCUUACAAAACUCGCUCUUCAACACGCUCAAAGGGAAGCGAAAAAGACGGAGAGGAAGGAUGAAGCGGAUUAUGAAAAUGAGAUAGAGACGUCACAGAAGCUCACGACGGAGUCGGUUUUCGACAUGCUGGCAGCGUCUGUGAUCUCCUCGUCGACUACAUCAUCGAAUGAGGGAAAGAUUAAGGCACCGAAGACGUCCAGGGAGCCGUGUCAUGUGUGCGGCAAGAAGCCUGCCAUGUCCAAACUUGUCCGGUCUUCUCAUCGCAAAUGCGGUGUCUGCAAGGAACGGGCGUGCAGCAAGUGCAACAUCAAGCGGAAGUUGUUUGGCCGAGCGGGUCCAGUCACGGUGUCGUGCUGCAAAGUCUGCAUCCUCGAGUCGAAACGCCUUAGCAUAGAUCCACGGGAGCCAUGCCCAAUUCUACCGUAAAAUUGUCUGUUGAUAAUAAUGUCUUUGUCG